AUGGCUCCUCGACACUCUGAUGUGCCAUGCUUCGUUCCACCCCACCCUGAUCUCCUUGCUCGCCAAAAAAUGGAACUGCUAAAGGUCCAGGGAACGGCCAAUGAAAAUUCCGUAAAAUCGAGGACCCACUCUCUUGUCAUGGGAGACAAACGAUUGCCAGGACUUAAUGAUGGCACCAUUUUCCCCAAGAGUCACUUUGACAAGCCGGUCUCUGUCAUGGCAAUGAGCAAUGCUGCCUUGGAGAGGGCUCCAUUGGCUGGCGCAAUCAAGGUCGCCAUAGUUCUCGUUGACUUUCAAGACAGAAAGAUGAACCCGGGGGCGAAGGAACGUUUUGAGGACCUUUUCUUUUCCACCAGCAAGGUCCCCACUGGCUCCGUGAGCGAAUAUUAUCAGGAAGUAUCUAGGGGCAAAAUUUCGCUCGCAGGAGAGGUUGUCGGUCCAUUUACGCUCAGCCAGAACCUGGCAUACUACGCGAACAAUGCGUACGGAAGGGGCUGGCCUGAGCCAAACUCCAUGACAAUGGCAGAUGAAGCGUUGACUGCUGCGACCGGAAAAAUCAAUUUCACGCCCUACGACAACGAUAGAAACGGCUAUGUUGAUGCUUUCGUAGUCGUUCACGCCGGCAGUGGUGCCGAGGAGACAGGAAAUCAGAAUGACCUGUGGAGUGUUAAGUGGACAAUCCCUACAGAACGGAAGGUAGAUGACGUGAAUGUGUACGGUUUCUUGACCGUUCCAGAAGAUGCGAAGUGUGGAAUUUGCGCGCAUGAGCUCGGGCAUUUAUUAUUUGGCUGGCCGGAUCUAUAUGAUACAGACUAUAGCUCAAAUGGUAUUGGCAAUUGGUGCCUGAUGUCAUUCGGGAGUUGGGGAGGAAAUGGAGCCAGACCCGUUCACCCUUCAGCUUGGUGCAAACAAAACCAGGGCUGGAUUGAUGUCGUUACCGAAACUGAAAACCACCAAGUCACAUUACAAGAUGUGAAGACUGGCUACAAAACCCACCGCCUCUGGAAAGAUGGUGACUCGGCUAGCCCUGAGUACUAUCUCAUAGAGAACCGCCAGCUUACCGGCUUUGACGAGUCUCUCCCCGGCCCUGGCCUCCUGAUCUGGCACGUCGAUGACAGCGUUUACACUAACGCAGAUGAAAAUCACCCAAAAAUCAAGAUCAUGCAAGCUGACGGUCUUGACCAACUCAAGACGGGCAUCGCGGGAAGGGGAGAUCCUGGCGAUCCGUACCCUGGCGUGUCGAAUAACUCCACAUUCAACACAGUCUCCAACCCAAACAGCAAGGCCUACUCAGGGAUGGAUACCUUUGUGUCUGUUACUGAAAUUCCUCAGCCAUCCUCCUCGAUGACUUUCAAUAUUACAGUUAAAGCAAUCAACAAACCUCCGACCGGCGGGGACUUUGAUGGCAAGACCUGGUAUAGAUUGAAAAACACCUAUGUCGGCCAGGGACAACCAACCCCCUAUGCUCUAGACGUCAUCAACGACGGUGCCGGGAAUGCCGAAGGCCUCAUCGAAAUGACACGCGAGAACAAUGUAUCGGGCCAGUUCUGGCAAGUACUUCCUCACGGCGACGGCACAUAUGCUAUUCGCUCGCUUUUCCUUGGCCCAAAUCGCCAACUCGAUGUCUACGGUAAUGACAAGACGAAGCCACAUGUAGGUCAGGCUGGGCCGUUCACAGGACAGGUCUGGAUCAUCAAACCGUGGGGCGAUGGUACAUGGCAUUUGGAGAAUGCUUACUCCGGCCAAUAUAUGUAUCUGGACACUAUGGAGGGCGGGGGAAGGGUUGCUAUGAAUCAAUCGAAUUCAGGUAGACCAACGCAAAGAUGGACUUUCACGCCGAUUAGGGGAAUCACAGAGCCAGGGUUCUAG